AUGAUAUCUAACUCUGCUAAACUACAUAGUUUACUGAAAUCAUCACUGUUCUGUUAUAGAUUUGAGGUAGCUAGCGCUAAUUGUCUUUUGUCAUGGCGACGUUUACAAUCCCGUUACAAUACUAAUUUGUCUUCUCGGGAUUUUGUGGAGGCAAUUAACCAGAAGGCUAAAAUCCAUAGAUACUUGAAACUUCAAGAACCUGAAGAAGAUUCAGAAUAUGAUAGCUUUCUGGAAACACGUGAUUCAGAACAGAAUUUAAAUGUUAUCACUGAAAGUGAUCCGUUUGAUUUUGGUGCUCUUAGUGCAGAAGCUUUGAGUCAGGAGCAAGCGUGUCAUGAGUCACUUGUCUCACGAUCGAUUGAUAAAUCUGAGCAUAAAUCUGUCAUAGAUGAAUUACUAACUACAGACCCUGAAGAAGAUCCUGCUGAUCGUUUGCGUUUGAGCAAAGUGAAUCGUCGUCAUCCUCCUGAAUAUUAUUCUGCACAGAUUAUACGUUUCUGUAAAACGGGUGAUACGAAUUCAGCGUUAUCCGUAUUUUUCAAUCAGAUGUUGGAAACUGAUCGUGUUCAACCAUCAAGAUUCCAUUUUCACAUGUUAUUGGAUGGUUUAGCUAAAGUUGGUGAUAGUGAAAAUGCAUUUCGCGUAUACAAAAAGAUGACUGAUUUACGCAUCCCUGCAACGCAAGCAACUUAUUCACGUUUAUUUCGUUCGUGUGCUGAAGAUAUUUCAACCUGGUAUCGGAAGUAUAAGCAUUUUAUUCCGCCUAUUGUUGUAAAUCAUCCUGGCAAUUCUUCUUUAUCAUUAUUACAACGUAAAAAUUUAGCCCUUCAAAAAGCAUUAACUCCAGAUAUGUUACCAACACAUUUUGGUGGACCUGCAGUCAAUAAAGUCUAUUCACUAUGGCGUCGUCUAAAAGAGAAGGAGAUCGCGUUAACCAAUAUCACUUAUAAUUCUCUUAUUUUAGCGCUGGCUAAAGCUGGUGAUAUCCAUGGUUGCUUGCGUGCAUUAGAUAUGAUGAUGACAAAAAGCACUAGUCCAUCAUUCCAUGGAAGUAUGAAAUCACAAAAACGCUUAACGCCUGAUUCAUUUACAUUAGUCUCUUUAUUGUCUGCUAUUGAACCAGCUAAUAUGAAAAGAAAUUUAAUAUUAUGCCAUAAUAAUAAUAGUAAUAAUAAUGACAAAGAUUCAUUGAAACAAACCGCAUCUAAUGCAGAUAAUGUAUUCCGUUUUAGUCCAUUUCAAUUGGCUAUUAUUCUAUGGCAUGAUUUACUGCCCUACACUCAUCAAUCUCUUGUUCCGCAUCAUUUCACUCUACUUGCUAAUAUAAUGUCACUACAGAAUAAUUGUUUAGAUUCAAAUAACUCCGAAUUAUUAUUUGUAAAGAAUACGCAGUGUAAGUCAUUUCAAGACUUGCUUAAAUAUGAUGCAUUGAUGGAUUCAAAGCAAACUGUUUAUUUGCCUAUACAUCCAUCGUGUACAUCAAGUGAAUUAGCUACAUUAAUGAUUUCACAAGCUUCUCAAUUGUCGUCGUUAAGUAGUAGUAUGCCUUCAAGUCAAGAGAAUCCACUGCGUGAAUCUACUACUGUCCAAAAGACAUCGGAAGUUAAUCAUUUAGAUUGGGAGAAUACAAUGUUAGCGCUUGCCAGUCCAAUAAAUGUUCUAUUGCCUACUGAUAAACCAAUAGUAAUAUGUGGACCAAAGAAUCAAAGUCUUGCACCAUGGCAACGUCUUGCUCUUGUCGGUGGACUACAUGGAUUUAUUGAUGUCAUUGAAAAUCAUUAUAAACUAAAACCAGGCCUACCAUUCAUGACUUCGCUAGUUCGUCUUCUACCAUAUCCGAAUAAAUUGGAUAAUAAUUAUGAGAAUGAUUUUGAUUUAUGGGAGAAAGAAUUUUUAAGCCUGUUGCCAAGAUUUAAAUUACGCCCUGAUACAGGAAUAUACAAUGCUUUAAUUAAUCGAAGAACUUCAGCUGGGGUCAGUCCUAGUCACCUGUUGGCUGAAAUGACACGACAAGGACUAUUUCCUGACCAGAUAACAUGGGGUUGUCUUGCACGAGGUUGUGAAACUGUACAAUCAGUUGAAAAGUUGUUAAACGCUUUUAAAAUUGCAUCUAUGCCUUCAUCAACAUCAUCAUCAAUCAGUUCAUCAAAUGAAUUGCUUAAUAAUAAUGAUGCCAUAAUGAAUACAUCAAUCCAUUCACGGAUUCAUUCACCUGUAAUAAGACCAAAUCGACGACUGAUAGCCAGUCUUGAAAUAGACAUUUCUCUUUUUCGUGAACUCCUAGUCAAAGGUGUAAUACCAAAGGAUGGUUCCCCUGUUCCAGCGAGUGAAACCGGUGGAUUUUAUGUCCCACGAUAUGCCGUCAAAUCAUUCUAUCGAUUUAUUAAAGUGUAUAAAUCAUGGCUACGUGAAACUCCUGUAGAAAAACCUUGUUAA